AAGAACUCAAAUCAAACAAGCACACGUCGUCUUAGAAAAUUCAGAACCAGAGAAGAGAGAUAAACAGAGUUUCAGCUUAAGAACAAAAAGUACUUGAAUAAUGGGGAGAAGCCCUUGUUGUGCUAAGGAGGGCUUGAAUAGAGGUGCAUGGACUGCUCUCGAAGAUAGAGAUCUGACUGAAUACAUCAAAGUUCAUGGCGAAGGAAGAUGGAGAAACCUCCCCCAAAAAGCAGGACUGAAAAGGUGUGGGAAGAGCUGCAGGCUUAGGUGGUUGAACUAUUUGAGACCAGACAUUAAGAGAGGCAACAUAUCACCUGAUGAAGAAGAGCUCAUCGUCAAGCUUCACAAGCUCUUGGGCAACAGAUGGUCUCUAAUAGCGGGUAGGCUACCAGGGCGAACAGACAAUGAAAUAAAAAACUACUGGAACACCAAUCUGAGCAAAAGAAUUCAAGACCAAGAAGCUCGCUCAUCGCCCUCAUCAGCUGGUGGUGAAGAACCAAAAUCAAAAAAGGCCAAGAAUGUUAUGGCCUCGCCAUUUUCCCAUAAUGUGAUAAGAACAAAAGCUGCCAAGUGCAACAAAGUUUUCAUCAACCCACAGUUACCACACAAAGGGUUGUUCCAGAUGGAUGAUCACAGGCCUAUGGAUCAUCAUCAACAUGUAGAUCAUCGACCUGAUGAGAAUGGGUUGUCAUCGUCGCCAUCUUUGUUGGAAACCUCGUCUUCAUCAGAGUUCCUGGUGGAUUUCGGCAUGAAUUCCGACCUUUGCCUGGCCAGUCUCCUCAGUUCAAAAUUUUCAAGUGGUGAUCACUUGUUCUCUGAAGAAAUGCAGCUGCAAGAGCAAUAUUGGAGUGGUAAUGUUGGUAGUGGUGAGGAUUGUGUUGUUGACGAUCAACUUCAACUAAAUACGGUCCUCAAUUUCCAGUCAUUGAAUUAUUUUCUCGAUGCUGAUGCUAACCAAGGAGACUGGCUCGAACUUGCAGAGAGUAGUUGAUCAAUAAUUAUGACAAUAGUAAAUAGUAAUACAAUAAUAUAGCUAGCUAGCUAGCUAGAUUAAUAUUCUAUCAUAUACUAAAUAAUUAAGUGGGAGAUUAAUUAAAAUAAUCGUAUAUAUGCUGUCGUGAUCUAUGUAGUAGUAGUACUCAUGCUUGUCACCUUGUCAUAAUAUAUCAAUC